UGGCUUCUCAAUUCCCAAGGACUUAUUUUCCUGAAAGGGAAUUAGCAAGCGACUCUGCUGUUGCUUUGGCAACAAACUUUCAACGUCUACCUAACUCUCCAGAAUGAGAACAUUCUCUAUUAAUACAUUCGAUAGACUGGGGAGUUGAGUUGCUCAAUGCGAAUUUUCUUCCAAGCGCAAAACAGCUUACCAGGCUGGUAGAGCCGUGGGUGGCGCUGCGGCCAGAGGCGAGUGAAACUGAGCGCAGCUGUUGCAGUAACUAAUCUAUUGCGGAAAAGUGAAAGUAUAUCCGCAACAGUUGGCUUCUGCUGCAGAGUGCGCUUGUGAGAACUGAUGGCGGUUGCGCGCAGAAAACCUUUGCAAAGCAGGCAAGUGGAAUCUCUUCUCAUUUUUCUGUGCGUAUCCGUAGGGGGUGCGACAACCAUCCGCUAUUCGGUGGCGGAGGAAAUGGAGAGUGGCUCGUUUGUGGCCAAUGUGGCUAAGGACCUAGGCUUGGAGGUUGGGAAGCUGGCUGCGCGCGGGGCGCGGCUUGUUUCCGAGGGCAACAAACUCCAUUUCCGGCUCCACCGCAAGACGGGAGAUUUGUUCGUGAAGGAGAAACUGGAUCGGGAGUCCCUCUGUGGCAAAGCCGACCCGUGCGUGCUGCACUUUGAAAUAGUCCUGGUGGAACCGCUGCAGUCCUUCCGAGUCGAAGUCAGGGUAUUUGAUAUCAAUGACAAUGCCCCAGUUUUUCUAAACAAGGAGCCUCUUUUAAAGAUUCCGGAGAGCACUCCCUUGGGUUCACGUUUUCCUCUGCAGAGCGCCCAGGAUCUGGACGUGGGCCUCAACGGACUCCAAAACUACACCUUGAGCGCCAAUGGGUAUUUCCACUUGCACACUCGCUUUCGCAGCAACGGGCCGAAAUAUGCCGAGCUCGUGCUGGAUAAACCCCUAGACAGAGAGAAGCAGCCUGCAGUCAACUUGACAAUUACGGCGGUAGACGGCGGAUCCCCGCCCAAGUCUGCUAGUGCCCACAUCCGUGUGGUGGUUUUGGAUGUCAACGACCACGUGCCCCAGUUCUCCAGACUGAUGUACCGUGCUCAGGUCCCGGAAAAUAGCGCCAAUGGCUCUUUGGUGGUCAUGGUGACUGCCAUGGACCUAGAUGAGGGCACCAACAAGGAGAUCACUUACUCCUUAGCUCAAAACCCAGAAACAAUUCUACAGACGUUUCAGAUUGGCUCUCAAACUGGAGAGGUUCGGCUAAGAGGGCCCCUAGAUUUUGAAGCUAUUGAAACAUACGACAUUGACAUUCAAGCUACCGAUGGAGGAGGCCUCUCUGCCCACAGCAAAGUCCUGGUGGAAGUGGUGGAUGUUAAUGACAAUCCUCCUGAAGUGAUGGUCUCCUCUGUGUCCAGCCCUCUCCCUGAGGACUCACCACUACAGACUGUGGUGGCUCUUUUCACUAUCCGGGACCGGGACAUUCGAGUGGGAGGAAAAAUCACCUGCUUCCUCAAAGAAGACUUUCCCUUUGUAGUCAGACCUACAUUCCGGAAUUCUUACUCAUUGGUCACUAACAGAGGCUUGGAUCGGGAGGAGGUCUCAGGCUAUAAUAUCACCCUCGUUGCCAUGGAUACUGGACCACCCAGCUUGUCCACAGAGACUGUGAUUGAGGUGCUAAUAUCUGACAUUAAUGACAAUCCCCCAGUAUUUCAGAAAGAUUCCUACAUCUUGACUGUUCGAGAAAACAAUAGUCCUGCAGUUUUUAUUGGCAAAGUCCAUGCUGAGGAUUUAGAUUUGGGUGAGAAUGCCCAAAUAACAUAUUCUCUGCUGCCUCCAAAGAGUGGAGAUCUAUCAGUCUUUGCUUAUAUUUCCAUAAAUUCAGACAAUGGGAAACUGUAUGCACUGAGAACCAUGGAUUAUGAAGCCAUUCAAGAUUUUCAAUUUGUGGUUAAGGCAACAGAUGGGGGCUUCUUGUCACUGAGUAGCCAAGUCAGUGUCAGAGUGGUUGUCCUGGAUGACAAUGACAAUCGUCCAAUGAUCUUGUACCCCCUGCAGAAUGGCACCUUAUCCUGCAAUGACCUGGUGCCCAGGUCUGCAGAGGCAGGCUAUCUGGUGACCAAAGUGGUAGCUGUGGAUGGUGACUCAGGUCAGAAUUCUUGGCUUUCAUAUCAUCUACUUAAGGCCACUGACCUUGGGUUAUUUUCUGUUCAAAGACAAAAUGGGGAAAUCCAUACAUUACGGCAGAUAUCUGAGAGAGACCAUAUGAUGCAGAAAUUGAUCAUUCUUGUUCAGGAUCAUGGCCAACCAGCACUCUCCACUACUGCCUCACUCAGUAUCUUGCUGGUAGAUGGCUUUUCAGAGCCCUACUUGCAAUUCCGGGAUCCAUCCAAACAUUUUAGAAAGGUAAAUCCAUCCACUAAAUAUUUGGUCAUUUCUCUGACGGUGCUUUCCUUUCUCUUUCUCCUUUCUGUUACAGUGAUCUUCGUUAUCCACAUCUACCAAAAGAUUAAAUAUAGAGAGAAGUUCACAAUUCAAGAGCAUUUCUAUGAUGACUGUAAUUUCCCUAGCAACUUAGUACAAGGAGGAGGCAAUGAAUCCUUAUCCCAGCCUUAUCCGUAUGAAAUGUGUUCAACCACUGGCACUGGUAAUAGUGAGUUCCGGUUUCUUAAACGCUUUAUGCCCAACUUUCCUUUUCCCCAUGCCACUGGAGAGGUAAAAACAGAGGCUGGCUCGAGUUUGCCUUCAGAUUCUGAUAAGAAUAAGUCUCGGAGGUCAGAGGGCCGUGCUCAGGUAUCUGAUGACUAUAUGUAGCUUAUAUUUACAGCCCUCAGCAAGAGA